CCGAGGCGGACGAGAGGCCGGGCGGCGGGACUGGCGCGGGCAGCUGCGGGGACGGAGAAGAGCCUCUCGGAGGGGAGGGGAGAUGGCGGGCGCAGCGUCACCGGGCGCAGCGGCCCACAGGUACUGCACCGAAAGCGCCCGAGUGCAGGUGGGCCGGCCGGCCGUUUACGUGCUCCCCCUGAGGAAGGAAUCUGGGGCAGCGUCUUGCCUGACGUUGGGCGAAGGGAACCCGCACGUCCGCCACAAGGUGAUCAUGCUCAUCGGGGCCACGGGGUCCGGGAAGACCACGCACAUCAACCGGAUGGUCAAUUACAUCCUGGGCGUGCAGUGGGAGGAUCCCUUCCGAUUCAAGCUCAUCCACGAGGUGACCAGCGGAACCCAGGCCGACAGCCAGACGUCCGACAUCACGGCCUACGUGCUCAACCAUCAGGAGGGUUUCCAGAUCCCUUAUUCCCUGACGGUCAUCGACACUCCGGGGUUUGGCAGCACGAGAGGAAUCGAGGACGACAAGCUCAUCACCGAGCAGAUCCGGGUGUUUUUCUCCUCCGGGGGCGGUGCUGACUGCAUCCACGCGGUCUGCUUCGUGGCCCAGGCCUCCCUGGCCCGUCUGACGCCCUCCCAGAAAUACGUCUUUGACUCGGUGCUCUCCAUUUUUGGGAAAGACAUCAGGGACAACAUCCAAGUCCUGGCUACCUUUGCAGACGGACAGAUGCCUCCUGUCCUGGAGGCCAUCAGGAAAGCCGAUGUGCCGUGUGCGAAAGACACCCGUGGGGUCCCUCUUCACUUCGCAGUUAACAAUUUGGCGCUGUUUGCCGACAAUGCCCCUAAGGGUGGGGAGCAUCGCUUUGGACGAGAUAUCUGGAAAAUGGGUGGCAACAGCGUGAAGAUCUUCUUUGACUCGUUGGACAAACUGGAAACCAGAAGUCUGACCUUGACGAAGGAAGUCCUCCGGGAACGGAAAGAGCUGGCAACCGUCAUGGAGGGGGUCCGGUCCCAGAUCCAGGCCGGACUGGCCAAGCUGGAAGAGCUGUGGGAGACGCAGCUUGCCCUGGCGCAGCACCGGGAGGACAUGGCAGCCAACCAGGACUUUGAGUUCGAAGCGGAACGGACGGAGCUGGGGACUGAGAGGACAGACCCUUACUCAAACAACUGCCAUGCCUGCCAGGUCACCUGCUGCCACGCCUGCCAGGUGCCCUGGGGCAAUUUCCUCGGCUUCUGCUACGCUAUCGAUCUGGCCUCGGGAAAGUGCCGCGUCUGCCCUGGCCACUGCGAGUCCGUCCGCCACUCCCUCCAGAAGUACAAGUACAUCCGAAAAGUGAUCAGGGAGACAAAGACCUAUGAAGAGCUGAAGCUGCGGUACGACAGCGCCGCUGCCGAGGCGAUGACGGCGGAGAAGGUGCUGCGGUGCCUCCGGGAGGAGUACGAGCAGGUGCGGGCGGACGUGGCGGCGCUCAUCCAGCGGUCCUCCCAGAGCCUCCGGCGCCUGCAGGCCAUCGCGCUGAAGCCCAACCCGCUCUCCACGCCCGAGUACAUCGACCUGCUCAUCGUGUCCGAGGAGCAGGACCGCCAGCCCGGCUACCAGGGCAGGAUCCGCUCGCUGAGGGAAGUGCGCAAGGAGGCCGAGCUCAUCCAGAAGAUCGCCAGGAUGGAGCCACUGCUGCCCGAUGAGCGGGGCCUCCACUCGUGAGCCGGAGGGGGGAAGCGGGAGCCACUUCCGCCCAAGUUCCAGGUUGGCCGGGCGCUGCGUGGCUCCUCCUGCCUUCGCCUCUCCGGGGGAAGCCCCCAUUUGCUUCGGCCAGCAGCAGCUUCUUUCUAUUUUUUGCCGUGAAACCGAAA